GGUGGGGCGGGGCCUGCAGAGCCCGGAGCGGCUCCCGGGAGGGAGGCUGAGGGAGCGCGCGCGCGGGGCCUGGCCGCUGGGGAGACGUGGUUCCGUGAAGCUGGGGCUCUGGCUUGCUGCCUCCCUGCAGCCAUGCACUCCCUCGUGUUCCUCUGUGCACAGAAGGUGGUUUCCCAUCACUCCACGGUGCACGGUGCCUUGGAGUUCAUCCCAAAGGAGUUGUAUCCAGUCUUGUUCAAAGCAGCUUUCAUGAACAAGAAGACCCUCGUGCUGCAAGAUCUGGUGCAGACAUGGCCUUUCCCAGUACUGAGUUUCCAGAAGCUUUUGCGGAAGUGUCAGCAUUGUGACCGUGCUCUGCUCCAGGAAAAGCCCAACAAGCUAUGUGUGCAGACUGUCAUCCUGGGAGUGGUGGCCUACCUGAAUGAGGCUCUUGAAGACAGACUCCACAGCCAAAGCAAGAGGCAGCGCCUGCAGGUUCUGGACAUGACAGGGCUUCAGGAUGAUGGAAUAGACCAGGGCCCAGAAAGCAUGAGCCUGUGGUCCAGGACAGUGACCCUGGCAAAAGCCUGCAUCGACAUUUCCAAACACCAGAGCAAGUGCACGAAGCGCACCCCAAAGCGGAGGAAGGGCCCCUACAGCAGCUCGGUGGCUCUGCUGCCACCACAGCCUGUGUCUGUGGAAGUCCACGUGGAUCUUUUUGUGAACAGCACCUCUUAUGGAGUCCUUAAAGAUGCCUUGCAGAAUAAUGCCAACAGCAUGCUGCGGCUGAAGUGCCGGGAUUUCCGGGCUGAGGAGCUGCCCAUUGCAAGUACCGUGGGGCUCCUGGAGUUCCUGGAUCCCACGGGUGUUCGGCAGGUAGAUUUGAGAUUCAAUAACCUGGGGCUGUCUGGCCUGAGGGUGAUUCUCCCGCACAUGGCAAAAUUCACCAAUCUGGUCAGCCUGAAGCUGCCCUACAGCAACAUUGAUGUAAGACGGCUCUCAGCGGGGAUGGAAGGAAGCCUCCACUACUUCGCCACCCAGCUCAGUAGAUUGUCCUGUCUCAAGGAGCUGAAUUUGGGCUCCUCCAGGCUUUCCGGAAAACUAAGGCAACUGCUGGGCGAUUUGCAGGGUCCCUUGGAAAGCCUGGAGCUGGCCUUCUGCUACCUGCUCCCCAAUGACCUCGCCUAUCUUUCCCAAAGUCUUCACACCCCCACCCUGAAGAAGCUAGACCUCAGCGGCAACAACUUGUCUGACUCGCUUCUCCAGCCCUUCCAGCAUCUCCUAGAAGAGGCCUCCUCAUCCCUGCUCCACCUGGACAUCAUGGAGUGUCGCCUGAUGGAUAUCCAUCUGGAGUCGCUUCUCCCCGCCCUGUGCCGCUGCUCUCAACUUCGCUACCUGGGGGUGUUUGGCAACCCCCUCUCUACACGGGGGCUGAAGAACUUGCUGCAGAGGACCAUGGGCCUAUUGUACUUGCAGCUCGUCAUUUACCCCUACCCUGUGGAUUGCUACAGUGAGAACCUGCCAUGGCCCCCCACCUCCUCUAACCUCUUGAAUGGUUCUGUGGAUGAAGAGAAGUUUUCCAGGGUGAGUGCUGAGCUGCAACAGAUGCUGCUGACUGCCAGCAGGACCGAUGCCAUCUGGACCACGAACUUAUGCAGGCACAAUACCUUAGAUUAUUUUAAUUUGUAGCUCACCAGGAAUGCAAAACUAAGGAGAAAACAAACUGAUCAGGCUGAUCAUUUUUAAUGCCCCUUCAAAGUUGAGCGGUUCAGUGGACACAGCAACAACAUGUUUAUACACGUUUUUAACAACAUCUGUUUAGUGCAUGAAUUCAAAUGGAAGUUCUCUUCUCCCCUUCUGCACUCCAUUCAGUAAAGCUGAGAUUAAAGCUGCCAGGCUCUAUGCCUCUUUAUCCAUGGCUUAUCCCAGAUAGUGCCGUUGCUAUCCUGUCUUGCUGUGCCUGUGACCCCCUUACCGCAUGUAGCUUCUUACGUGCCCCUUACAUGACUCUUACGUAGCCCUGCAGAAUUCUUAGCAAAGUGUACUAGCCACAGUACAUAUGCAGCAGCCCAACAAUUAGAAGGCCCUUCUCAAAACACCGAUCCGUUCCUAGCUUCUGAGCAGUCUGCUCCUCUUUCCCUGCAUGGAUUACCUCAUCUGAAAACCCCUCUCUCCACUUUUCUUCUAAUGUAUCCCAUCAUUCUCUCACACGUGUGCAGAGGGCUUAGAAAUUUUACCAGUCAUGUAGCAGCCAGAGCACUAAACCCACUAGCCAGACAGAUGUGAAAGGUGGGGAGACCUAUAUUUAGGGACAACUCUACUAUAUUCCCGCUCGGCUGCUGCAAGUGAGGUGUCUUGGGUUACUCUCUCCUUCCCCCAGCCUUCACUUUGGAGUCCUCCUGUGAACUGAAUAUUUCUUCCAUCUCUGCUGUUGCAUGGAACUUUCCUAAGAUUCAACAAAAUAAAAUUGGCCCAGUUCUUAUCUAUUUCCCAGCUGCUUGCAGAGUAUAGUAGUGGUGAGACUGACAACACCGCUGUCGGUUUUCACUGCUGCGGGUGCGUGGAAGAUCUGAGUACCAGCAGAGGCAUUGGCGUGGUAUGCAGACUGACUGUUCACACUCCGCUUGUAUGCAGAAAGCUUCUUCACAACAGAGAAGGCUAGAAACUUACUUUUUUUUUUUUUUUAAAUGAGAGCUUAGAUCCUGCAGAAGAUGAUUCAUGCUCCCUGGUAUACUUACCAGCAUGGGCAUGUGGAGUUUUUCAGCUUGGUGUAGGGGCUGAGUCUCCCUUCCCCUUCCCUACGCUCUCACUUCUUCUCCGUUUGAAGAAUACUUUCUCUGGAAAGCCUCGUUACCUGGCCGAAGUAGGUAGUGUUACAGUCACAGCCAAGGCUGAAGUCCUGUUCUCUCCACUGAGACGCACUUCUCCUCUAAACAUUUUGUCCUCCUCUCCCUAUCUCUCUGGCUUGGCACACACCCAAUACUUCAUCUCCCUGGUCGAUCUAUCCACUCGCUCCAACCUCUAUGGGGACAGCUUUUGCUGAUCCCUCUUGGCUUCUUCUCCAUUCAGCUUCUGGUCUCCUAUUGCCUUGAAUAUCAGACUUUUGGUGUAAAAGCCCCUUUGCUUGGAACUCAAACUAGAACUUUUACUAAGUACUACAAAAUAUCCAAUAGGGAACAAUCCUGUAUUAGCUGAGAGGGACAUAAUAGAUCUCUUCCAUCUACCUUAUGCUCUCGGCUUCUGCACACCAUUCCAUACUCAAGCCGUGCAGCUAUCCAGUUCCCUUAUGGGGUGGGUUUAUUGCUACCUGUCUAACUUAUGUCUGGUACUGGCUUCUUUUUUCCCUCAUUUGUAAAAUCCCACAAGGUUACUUUCAUGGCCCUCUGCCCUAUCUACCUGCAUAGUCAUCUUAUCACUCCCUUCUAGCUUUAACUCAGGCUGAUUAUACUCUACUGCACAUAACUUGACACCUUCAACGAUCCCUCUCUUGACCAGUUAAACUUCUGGGCUCAUUUAAACUCCCAUCAGCUUAAAGUCUUCAAGCCCCACCUGUUUCUCUUGGGCAGGAGGACCUCCCUCCCAUCCAACUCCAUUUCCCCUCUUGACACACACUUGUGGUUUGUUUCUGCUAUCUGUAACUUUGGCAUCGGACUCUGAACUCUCCUCUCCUUCCCACCUCCUCUAUGGCUGCAUAUUUGCUUAGAUAAACUUCUUUGAUCUGGCCACUUAGAGGGAAUAAUCGUGCCCAAUGGGGGGUUAAUUUUGUGUGAGACUGCCCAGCUAAGGGACUUUGAAAGCUAGUAACUCAUUCCUUCAGCACAUUACCCUUGUCAGUUUUACCUGGGCUGCCCCUCUGCUUAAAUUCUCCUGUUACUUUAGCCAGUGAAUGCAGCCCCUCUCCAAAAUCCACUCACAUCUGUAUAUAUCCUCUGUUUAUCAACCCCAUCCUCAAACAACUCCACUAGAUCCUUGAGCGUUCAAGAUCCAUUUAAAAAUAUACUUUGUACUAACCUUACCCGGCCACUUUAUCUCACAUUACUCCCCCUUCCCUGCCUGUGUAAAGCUGGCCGCCUCUCUGGCCCUUCACACAGUCUCCAUACUCCAAUCUCUCUUCAGAUGAAAGAUACUCUACAAGAUAAAGUGUCUUAUGACCUGGGGACUUUCUCACUGGAACAACUCUUUAACUAGCUGCCCUUUGGCAGAGGUCACUCUGCUGCUGGACACACUUGUUUGAAUCAAGACUUGUCUUGGAGCCACUGUCUCUUUCUACCACCCCGCUCUGUCCCAGUGACGUGGAAAACAAGUACAAUGUCGCAUUCACAGUGAUGACAUCGCUGCAGGAGCCGCUAGCAACACGGUGUGAGCGCAAAGCCCUGGUUUCAAUAACAGCGCUUUGGCCAUUAGAAUCAUAGACAUGUAGGGCUGGAAGGGACCUUGGGAAAUCAAGUCCAGUCCCCUGCACUAUGGCAGGACCAAGUAAACCUAGACAAUCCCUGACAGGUGUAUGUCCAACCUGUGUUUAAAAUCUUCCAAUGAUGGGGGAUUUUAACAACCUCCCUUGGAAGCCUGUUCUAGAGCUUAACUGUAGAGUUAAGUUAGAGUUAGAAAGCUUUUCCCAAUAUCUCACCUAAAUCUGCCUUGCUGCAGAUUAGGCCCAUUACUUCUUGUCCUACCUUCAGUGGACAUGGAGAACACUUGAUCCUCAUUCUUUUUAUAGCCACCUUUAACAUAUUUGAAGACUGGUAUCAGGUCCCCCAUCAGUCCGCUUUUCUCAAGACUAAACAUUUUAUUUAUUUAACCUUUCUUUUUACCUCAGGCUUUCUAAACCUUUGGUCAUUUUUGUUGCUCUCCUCUGGACGCUCUCCACGUUGUCCCCAUCUUUCCUGAAGUGUGGCGCCCAGACCUGGACACAGUAGUCCAAGUGUUACUAUGUGUGGGGCGAAUAAAGUGAGAAGAGAUUAGUGUUUGAAGGCGAUGGGUGGCAGGCUGGCUCCCUCUUCCCUAACUCCCCUAGCAGUGUGCCCUGAGCCCCAGGGGGUCUCCAGAGCUCUUAACACUUUAGAGGGGGGAAGUCACCUUUGAGGGUAUGCUGCUAGUCUUGUCUAUCUGCCCAAGCUGGGAAGCGUGCUCCCAGCUCUGGUGCAGCUGUAUCCUAAGUGUGUCUUCCUCUCUGUAUGUCAGCUCCCAUCUCCUCCUCCUCCCACCCUUGGCCUUGCCCACCUACCCCUCCCUCCUUCAUCUCCUCCUGCUUACUUCUCCACACCCUUUCAUGCUGCCCCCUAAGCCUAGAACAGUCCCCAUUAUUGACUCCCCUCAAAUCUGACAUCUUUGGGCACCUCCAGUCACUCAUCAUCUCUGCAGCCCCCUCUAUUCCUGUCCUCACGCCUGCUCUUAAGAGAUGAAGCUCACUCUCUUGCCUAGCAAUCUGCCCUGUCCCCUCUGGUCUGUCUUUUCACCAUGUCUAUUUCAGAUCCAUGGAGCAGGCACUUUUGGUGGCUGUGCACAUCAACUGUACUAGACCCCUCUACAGCAAUUAAAUAAUCUUUUUCAUUCCCUUUCCGUCAUGGACUACUAUGAGCCUCUCACUCUAGCCGAAGGCAGUGGUGGCUACUGAUGGUUCAACCAGUGUUUUAUUUUUGGAAAUGAUCUUGCAUUUGUACAGCACCCUCUCAGCUAGAAAGAUCUCACGGUGUUUUGCCAACUACAUACGAGAGAUUGUCUCAUCUGUUGACGACAUGCAGCCACCUCUGGGGUGAAACACAUUCAACAGUGCAACAACACGUUAGGACACAAGCAAAGAAUGCUGUGUCCAUUUAAAUCAGAGGAGGGGAUUCAGGGAGGCAGAAAGUAAUUGCAGGAGGUGGAAUUUGAUCAGUACACUGGUGUUUUGACGUUUGGAGAAAGCACUGUGAGAAAUCAGCAGGAUCCUGGUUUUAUGUGUCCUUGGAAAAGGGAUUGCCAUAUUUCCAGCUGCGAGUGAAGUCUACAAUAGCCAACUUCUCCAACCACUGAAAUGGUAGGAGGGAACUAGCCCUUCGCAUCUCAAACAGGUGGGUCAGGGUAGAAGAGAGAUUCCUCACAUCCGCAGAUCAUUGCCGGAGAAACCAGGCAAGCUACUCUUUCAAGUCUUAAUCCAAGGGGCCAAACAUUCAAAUAGUAACAUGCUGUAUCCAUUCAAAACCAAACAGCAAAGCAUACCCUGCCCCAUGAUGCCCUAUGGGACACUCUCCCAAUCUGAUCUUUCCAGAGGAUGUUUGGGGGCUUUGCCUGUAGGUUGCAGUCAUGAUCAUGAGACCAAAUUGGAUUGCAGUGGAGAACAGUCUGAAGAGCAAUUUCUUUGGGACUUGUUAAUCCACAGCAAAGGGAAAGUUUGCUGUCCAAAGCAAAGCUGUACUGAUAUUAACAUACCAUGCUCGACAUGACUCCCCUGAAAGGGUUAGCUUCCAUAAGGCAGAAGCUGCCAACAACAGUUGUCUCACUUUUGGGACACCAUCAACCAAUGGGAGUAUGUUCAGAUGAUAUAAUAGCUUCUAACUUGUGUGUCAUUGGUUGAAAGUGUUUGUUGCUCGCUAUUAUCCUGGAGAGUUAUGGGGUGGAGUUGGACAGAGAUUCUCCCUUUCUUAUUCAGUUCAGCCAAACUCAUUAAAUGCCGGACUUGUUUCUCUAA